AUGCCACAAACCCUCUACCCCCGCGGCACCGUCAAGAAAAUCGUAAAAGCCCACGCCAACCGCCCGCUCAGCAAGAACGUCGAUGUCCUCAUAUUUCUCAAUUAUGUGCUAUUUAUGCAAGAGUUGAUCAACGAAGCGUCGAUUAAGAGCAAGCAGAGCGGCGAGAGGGGGAUUUCGGCACGGAGUGUGAAGAGGGUUAGUGAGACGACGUUGAGGAAAUACAAGGGCUGA